AAACCCCGGAAGUGAAUGUGAAUUGCAACACAGUAUACGAGGUUUAUUUUGGUGCGUAUUUGUCAGGCGAGUUAUGACACCUUUCCGCUUAUAUACAGCCGCGCACUCUUUGCUAAAGUCUUAUCGACAAAGAGCAGUGUUAAAAACGCUCCAGCGAGUGUGGGAAUUCAACAGCAUGUAUCCAUGUUCGUCCAUAGCAGUGCACAACAGCAUGGAGGAGAUCCUGAGAAAGACAGUGGCCCCAUUGCCCACCUAUGAGAUGAGAGACAAAUCUCCACCUCCACCUGAAACUAACAGUCUGGAGUUCAUGCACUUCUACAAGAGUUUAGAGAAAGAGCAAAAGCUGGAGCUUCUCGAGAAGUUGUCUCAUGAUUUCGGGGUAGAUCACAGAUGGGCUUCGGACCUGGCUGCGAAGUUGCUGGACACUCAGGGCCGGGAUGUGGCCACCAUACUGCAGGUGGAGGACAGGUUACGGUACAGUUUAACACCCCGGUACCGACUGCUUCUCACCCACAUCAGCAGGGUUCAGGGCGGGGUGAAGUUUCUGGUGGACCUCAGGGCAGAUCUCAUCGAGUUCGUGUCCUCAAAAAGUAGUGACAGCCCACAUAUGAGGGAUCUGAACAGCACUCUGAAGAGUCUUCUGUCAGAAUGGUUCUCCGUCGGGUUACUUCGACUUGAAAGAAUCACCUGGCAGUCCCCAUGCGAGAUCCUUCAGAAGAUCAGCCAGUACGAGGCGGUUCAUCCUGUGCGGAACUGGACGGAUCUCAAGCGCAGAGUCGGACCGUACCGGAGGUGUUACGCAUUCACACAUGCCUCCAUGCCUGGAGAACCACUAGUGGUGCUGCACGUUGCCUUAACAGAGGACAUAGCAAAUAAUAUUCAGGGAAUUGUGAGAGAGUUUUCCACUCUAGAGGCGGACGAGGAUGUGAACAAGAUCAAUGCGGCCAUCUUCUACUCCAUCUCCUCCACUCAGGCUGGACUGCAGGGGGUGGAGCUUGGAAAUUACCUCAUCAAGAGGGUGGUCCGAGAACUGCAGAGUGAAUUUCCCCACAUGGCCCAGUUCUCCAGUCUGUCUCCCAUCCCUGGCUUCUCCUUAUGGCUACAAGGGGUUCUCGGACAGCACAAGAAAGAGGGACGUGCCAUUGAGUUCCUGUCUGAGCUGGAAUGGAGGGAGGUGGAGGAUGUGACGGGAGCCGCCCCUGGUGCCCCAGCUCUGGAAGCCCUGCGCAGGCUCAUCAUCACCAGCGAGUGGAUCCGCUCCGACCGCCUGAUCCGCGCUCUGGAACCUCCCCUAAUGCGACUCUGCGCCUGGUACCUGUACGGAGAGAAACGACGGGGCUACGCCCUAAACCCUGUAGCCAACUUCCACCUUCAGAAUGGUGCCACCAUGUGGAGGCUGAACUGGCAAGCAGACACAAGCCCACGAGGGAUCGCCAACUCUUGCGGCAUAAUGGUCAAUUAUCGCUACUUUUUACAAGAGACCAGCACUAACAGCGUUGCCUACAUGCAGAAUAAAGUCAUUAAGGCUUCAGAGCAUGUGCUUGGACUCGUGUCGCAGUUUCAGAAGAACAGCAAACUCUGAGUCAAAUCUGUGGCUCUACUUUGGAACAAAAUGUGUUGGCACUUAAAUUCUGUGUUAUCCUUUUUGGUAGCUCUGAAAUGCACAGGGUGGACUAACACAAGCCUUAUAUGGAUCUACAACUGAAACCAGCAAGUCACAUUUCAUUGUUAUUUUAGAAAAGGACAAUUGUACUCUGCCUUUCUGAAAGACAAGAAUCCACUAAACCAAUUUUAAAGGGAUAGUUCACCCAAAAAAGAAAAUUCUUUUAUCAUAUAUUCACCCUCUAGUUGUUUCAAACCUUUAUGACUUUCUUUCUUCCUUAGACAAUAGUCCUGCAGCUUAUUUAUCUAGCAGUAAUUCACAAUGACAACAUAAUGUCAUCGAUAAAACAUUAUUAGAAGUAUUAAAGUAGGCCAUGUGAUUUAUCCACUAUAUUCCGUGAAGCCAUACAACUUUUUUGUGAAGAGUAAAUUGAAAUGUAUAUAAUUUUUUGCUCUCAAAUCGCACUUAUGGCACAGAUUUGAUUGAAGAGCCAAUGACAUUUGAGGCUAUUGAUGUUCAAUCUGUAUAUUUAAGCAAGGCUAAAUAGCUUGUUUUAUAAUAUUAAGCAUACUUUAAGUAUAGUUCAUAUGUAAUACGGACCACUUUCUUUUGGGAACUUGACACACUGCAUUCACUACUGUUAAAUACAGUAUGUUGUUAACAUAUACAACUUUAUUUUGAGAGAGCUGUCAUUGAAAAUGACAAAUUGCAGUUUUUUCCAUAUUCUGAAAGAUUCAGAGUUUAUUCAAUACAGACAGAAUUGUCUGAUUUUAAUCUGCAGUUUGGGGGUUGAGUGUUUCUCAGCCCAAAUUAGCCAUCUUGUAAAAUGUGUCCGAAUUGGUCGUGAGAAAGUGACAGAACUUGACAGAAAGACCCAUUUUUUCGCCAUUAUUUUGUCAUAAAUGUGUGGAUCCAGGAUUUUGAGAUCCAAUAACUAUGUAGAAACUAUUAAAUGUAUACAAUUCAACUAUAAAACAUAAAAUACAUGUAAAAUAUCACUUAUACAAGUGACAAAUUCAUGCAAAUUAGCCACCUCGUAACGUGUACGAAUUGGUCGCGAGAAAGUGUUGACAGAACUUGACAGAAAGAUGUGUGGAUCCAGGAUUUUGGGAUCCAAAAACUGUACAAACUACAGAAUAUAUACAAUUAAACUAUAAAACAUAAAAUACAUAGAAAACAAUUAAUUAUACAAAUGAGGUCAUACGAAUUUGUAUGAAUUAGAAUCUAUGCAAAAUACGUACAAAUUGGUUAUGAGAUAGUGUUGACAAAAGACAAAAUGGUUCAUUUUUUCGUCAUUAUUUUGUCGUAAAUGUGUGGAUCCAGGAUUUUGGGAUCCAAUAACUAUGUAACAGCUAUUAAAUAUAUACAAUUCAACUAUAAAUCAUACCCAGCAUACAUUUUUGUACCUUACCUACUCCUAAACAGUACAUAUUAGUACGUUAAAGGUACAUUUUAGUACUUUGAAAGUACAUAUCGGUACCUUAAAAGUACAUAUUUGUACCUUUUCUCUUUGUACCUUAGGGACAGUGAAUACAAACAAUUUAAUUAUGAAUGCCAUAGAAUGACAUGAGGGUAAGUAAUUGAUGACAGAAUUUGCAUUUUAAGUGAACUAUCCCUUUUAUCUGGUUUACUAUUAUUACCCAGCAUGCUGCUUGGUGAUGUUACAAAGAGAUUUCACUUAAUUUUUAUAGGUGUGCCAAAUCUCCACUAAUUUCAAGCAAGAAAAGGCUAAUCGUCCACAUGAAUCUAUUUUCCGUAGUCCUUUUCAGCAGCGCUUGAGCCUUUGUUUGAUUAGCCGGCUGCUGAUUUUGAUGUGGACUUGUGCUACACUUUGAAAGACUGGGGGUAAUGAAGCGGGAAGAAUCUAUCAGCCCCUGUCAUGUCUUUGCCUUCUCAGCGUGUGUACGUAAGAGAGCGUUCCAGCGCGACUGAGUGGAAGCUGCUGUAAUAAAUGAUGUUUUGAUUCCUUCAUUAGUGUGAUCUGAUUCACUGUGAAACGCCUGUCUGUAUGAAUGUGAAAUGUGUCUCAAUGUGCAGUGAGCACAUAAAAUUAUUUAUUUAUGAAUUAAAAUUCUGCUUACCUUCCUAAAA